GCCGAUUUCCAACCCAAAAACUGCCUCCUUCACAACAAUAACAAAAUUACUUGAUAUUUAUCUUUGACAAAAUUAAUUAGUGAUGUCUUUCUGCAAUAGUUUAAGUGUCAGAAACCGGUAGAUGCAAUGUGGUGAAUACGGCAAUCUGGCAACGUUGCCCUGACCCUCGAGGCGGCAGUUUGUUUACAUUUUCAAACCCUCGGCCGUGGCUGACCUGCGCAGGCCUGACCUUUGCUGACCUCCAUCCCGCUGCAGCGACCCCCGUGACCCGCGCCAGAGUGACCAGCAGCAGCACCCACGCCUGAGUCCCCAGAGAGGAGCCAUGGGCGGCCUGACAAGCAAGUACCUGGAGGAGGUGUUGCAGACACCCCCUCGCAGCACACACGUCCUGAAAAGUGACCCACGCUCCCCCUCUGAUGACAUCACCAGGACCCCCAUUUCUGUGACUGAUACCCCGGAGAGGAAUGGAAAUGGCACCCCUGUGGUCAAGGUGCUGCCCUUUGACCCUCGCUCACCCAGUGCUGAGGUGUCUCGCACUCCAUUGAUGGUGGAGACAAAGGACUCACGCAGGCGGCCAUUCUCUCUCAAGCCUUCACGACUCCUUGAUCCUGAGACACUGAACACCAGUGAGGACUCGGACCCCCGCUCCCCCACCUCAAGGGUUCCCCGGACGCCCCUCAGCGACCAGACCCACACAUUUACAAACAAAGAACUUGAAGAGGAGAGGACGGACACUGAAGAAAAAGACAAAGAGACAAAGAAGGACGAUGAGAAGAAAGUGAAAGAGGAGGAGGAGGAGGAGCAGCAGGAGGAGAAAGAUGAUCAAGACUCCAUCUCCACAUCUAGCAAUGAUGAGAACAAUGAGGCACCACCAGAUGCACUGCAGGAGACGGUACAUCUAGGUUUGUCUGGGAGCAACAAGGGAAACACCAGCAACAAGAACAAUCCCCGGGGCAUGCUGCAGGCCAAGCAGUGCCGCGCCAUAGAGGAAGAGUACAGCAAAAACCAGCAAGCCAUUGUGACUCAGCUGGCAGACCAAGAGAACAAGACUCCUCCUCCCUCCAACACCCAGUUUGUGGAGAGCAUCUGAGGACUUGCUGACAGUGUGUGACACAGCAAAAUAUAUGUAACCAAUGCCUUGUUCAGUAUACUUAUGAUUGUAUGCAGGGAAAGCUUGGUUGAUGCAUUGCAGAACCUAUAUAUAACCAAUCCUGCUUUGUAUCCUCAUUGUUGUGCAGGGAUGGCAUGCUUAAUGCAGUGCAGGAUGUGUAACCAUUCCUGUGCUACACACACUUGAUGUUAUGCAGGAAAGACUUAAUCAAUGUGCAAAAUAUAUGUGCAGUCUUCUGCUUGGUAUACUGGCAAUUAAGGAAAACUGAACAACAUGUUUGGGUACUCCAGGGAUUAUCAUUUCACUAUGAGUGUGAGCUUCAACAUUCAAAGUUGGAUGAAAGCAGAUAUGGAGACAGGAAUGCAUGAGCUUAGGUCAAAUUCCAGGUAAAUACUUACAAUUGUAUAUAAAAAUAUUCCCACUACAAAGAUCAAACAUGUGCCUUAUAGUGUUAUGUUUCUUCAUGGUAUUAGGCUCCUAGUGGGGGAACACUCAUCAUUCUUGUUACCUAAGGACAAAGUAAUUUAAGCAUAGUAUUUGCCCUUGUAAAGUCUGCAAGGAGCAAAUAUGCCUCACAAAAUAGUUAUAGGCUGGGAAGAGGUUGUGUUUCUCUAAUCUUAAUGAGGGCUUGAAAGCAACAUUCGGUAACAAAUUUUUUUCGUUUAGUGACACCUGUUGCCAACAAACUCUUAUAGUCAGGGUUACUGUGCCUAUCAUGAUAUUUAUGCUGUGCCAUAACUUAAAUUGUUUUUAGAGAACAUAUUAGCUAUAUUUUCCAGUCAUUUAUUUGGCUGAGUGCAGCUGGCUUGGUAUAGAGCAUGUAUGGGAACUAGUUUAUGUUAUAUCUUAAGGUUCUCUUGAUGUACCUAUCUUUCCUCCUCAUUUAAGUUCAUCUUUAAAUAAUAAAUGUACGCUCAAA